AUGACCGACGACAAUGAGAGCAUCCAAUAUGUCCCGCCGUUAACAGUCUCUCUAUCGCAUUCAUCAUCUUUGUGUUCUAGAAGCCCAUCUCCAACUCAUAUUCGUAUCAAAUCGUCUUCGUUAUGGCCCCUCCUCCUUCUUCUCAUCCUCGUCAAUAUGGCCAACAGCUUAUACAUCCUUCCUUUAAACCGAGUCGUUGAGAUGCGACUCUGCCGCGAGCACUAUGCACGAUACGACCCGUCGCUACUGCAGCCCGAUGGGUCGGUACCAGAGAAAAUGUGCAAGGUUGACGAAGUGCAGAAGCAGCUUGCUUGGUUGCAAGGGAUUAUGGAGACCACAUUCGUCGUUUGCGAUUUCGUCGUCACAAUUCCAUUCAGCUUUAUUGCUGAGCGGUUCGGUGUCAGGGUUGUUAUUUGGUUGAAUCUGAUCCCGAGGAUUUCUAUGUCCGCCUGGGCUCUUGUUGUCGGGAACUACUACCACACUCUCCCCACCAAAGCAAUCAUUGCUGGUCCCUUUCUGGCUAUCCUCGGGGGUGAAUGUGUCUUUUCUUCCACUAUCUUUACACUCACUUCAGCUUUGGCGCGAGAAUAUGUUGAACGUGCUUCGUACUUCUCGUACAUCAGCUCUAUCUCAUAUGUCGUAGCCUUUAUUGGCCCUUCUCUCGCCUCCUUCACAAUGAGCCAGAACCUCUGGUUGCCGUUUUGGUUAAGCAUAUCACUACUCGUGGUUGCCGCACCAACUAUUAAGAUGCUUCCUGAAACAAAAAGACGCCCUUCGGCACCGACGACCCCCACCACCACUGCAGACCACGUCGCCGAGGCGGGCCCACUACUCGGCAAGCCUUCUCCGAGCCCAAGCAGAUACUACAAUGCGUUUGAAACAGGCCCAGGCGGGUUCCGAAGUAUCUCGCAUGCAGCUCGCAAGCUUGGGCGACUGAUAGCAGGUCGUAAGAAUUUCCAGGUUCUACUUGUCUCAUUCUUUCUCACCGCCUUGGCAAGCUCGGAUACCAAGCUCCUUGUCCAAUAUAUAUCUAAGCGGUACGAGUGGACGUUUGCGGAGGCCGGUUACAUGCUGUCAGCCAAGGCACUGGUCAACGUUACUCUACUCACAGUGGUUGUCCCACGAGUCAUCAGAGCCUCGAUGUCGUCGAGGACUGUCCGUGGGUCUGAGAUUUGGCUAAACUACCUUGGAGCUGAAGCCAGCAUAGCGAUAUCCGUAGUGGGCGUGCUCUGCGUCGCAGUUUCGUACAGAUUCUGGAUGCUAAUGGCAGCGCUUAUCAUCUAUGCUCUUGGCUCGGCUCUUCCCGUCUUCACCAUGUCUCUAGUCAAGUCACCCCUAAUUGCCUUGGUAGAUUCCGACAUCCAAGACUUUAGUAUUGUCAUGCUUACUAAAACUCUGGGAUCUCUUGUCGGUGCACCUUUAAUGGCUAUUCUCUGGGUACAAGGCAUCAAGAGUGGAGGCGCUGGCUUAGGAUUGCCCUAUUUCAUGUCGGGUUCCAUAUACCUUGCCGCUGCCUUAGUAGUGACACGAUUGAAGUUCUAG